UUUGUUUUGAUUUUCCAACUUAACAUGUGUUGACUUCCCCAUCUUGAUACAAUGUUUGGUUUUAUUUCCCCUUAUUAGUCCAAUGUUUAUUCAAAUUUACAUAUUUGUUUUCAUAUAAAGAUUUAAUAACUUUAACAUUGAUUUUGGACAAAAUUACAUAAUUAGUGGCCUCGAUCUUAAUAUAAAUUCAUCCUUUCAUGUGAUGUGUUGCAAAAAAAAAAAAAAGCAAAGGAUAUAAAUAAUACUAAUGGCUACGUAACUACCUCAAUAGAUAUAUGCAGAUUAGUGCAGAGCUGGCCUUGUCUACUUUCCAUAUCUUGCUUAUCCCUUCCAAUAUAUUCAUUAUUUUAAGCUUCUACUUUGUUUCAUAAUAUUUUCAAAACACACAAACAUCACAGUUAUACUCUGUUUUCAACCAACGGAUUUUCCACACUAGAUCAAGGAUCGAUCAAAAUGAUUCAAAGAACAUUCAACUUUCCCAGUAUAAAGAAAAUUCUUCUUCAACCUGGUUAUCUAUCUUCCUUUAAGAUUGGAGCAUACAAUGGCUAUACAUCUCAACCAUCUCCUCUUCCAAUUCCAGACUCAACUUACAGUGAUGAAGAUGAGUACGCUAAUGUGGAUUGGGACAGCCUUGGUUUUGGAUUGAUGCCAACCGAUUACAUGUAUGUAACAAAAUGUUGUGUGGGCCAAAAUUUUGGACAUGGACAACUCAAUCGAUAUGGUAACAUAGAGCUUAGCCCUUCUGCGGGGGUCCUAAAUUAUGGACAGGGAUUAUUCGAAGGAACAAAAGCAUACAGAAAAGAAAAUGGGAAGCUGAUGCUAUUCCGUCCAGAAGAAAAUGCAAUUCGCAUGAAGAUUGGCGCCGAAAGAAUGUGUAUGACAGCGCCUUCCAUUGAUCAAUUUGUUGAUGCCUUGAAGCAAACCGCUCUAGCAAAUAAGCGCUGGGUUCCUCCACCGGGAAAAGGAUCGUUGUACCUUAGGCCUCUACUCAUCGGAAGUGGUCCGGUUCUUGGUUUGGCUCCAGCACCUGAAUAUACAUUCCUCAUAUAUGCUUCCCCCGUUCGCAACUAUUUCAAGGAAGGUUCGGCGCCACUCAACUUGUAUGUGGAAGAGGAUUUUGACCGUGCUUCUCGCCGUGGCACUGGAAGUGUCAAAACUAUUUCCAAUUAUGCACCGGUCUUGAUGGCUCAAAGUAUAGCCAAGAGCAGAGGAUUUUCGGAUGUAUUAUACCUUGAUUCGGACAAUAAGAAAAAUCUCGAGGAGGUCUCUUCUUGUAACAUUUUUAUUGCCAAGGGAAAAAUCAUCUCAACACCUGCUAUCAAUGGAACAAUACUUUCCGGAAUCACCAGAAAGAGUGUCAUUGAAAUUGCCAGUGAUUUAGGUUAUCAGGUGGAAGAGCGUGUUGUUGCCGUGGAUGAAUUGACUGAGGCGGACGAAGUUUUCUGUACAGGAACUGCCGUUGGUGUUGCCCCUGUAGGGAGCAUCACAUACCGGAAUAGAAGGGUGGACUAUAAAACAGGGUCUGGAAGCAUUUGUGAAGAGCUGUACAAUACCAUUUUAGGAUUACAAACUGGUAGUAUUGAAGAUAAGAAGGGAUGGAUUGUUGAAUUUGAUUAAGUGUGUACAUAGAUUAAAUUAUUCUGGCAUUAAAAUGGCUUCAGAGAAAUAUAAUUUGUAAGAUAAAUUGUUCAUAGCAUGCCAUCAUCCUAUGUGGAAAAUGGCCAAAAUAAUGUUCCAUAGUUAUGCUUUUCUUCAUGGUGUGUAACAAAGUGCUUUAUUUUUUACCAAAGAGUAACAAAGUGGACUUAUGUGGUGAUAUUGAUA